AUGGUGAAUAAUAAAGUCCAAUUACAUGCAUAUGCUAUUCCACUUCUUCAUGCGGCAAAAUAUCCUGCAUCUGACGUGUGUGGUGCAUUAUUAGGUAAAAACACAGCUAAUGGUUUAGAAGUUCAAACAGCCGUACCUUUUUUCCAUAAUUGGACGACCCUUACACCCAUGCUUGAAAUUGCCUUGAAACAGACCGAUUUAUAUGCGAAAAAGAACAAUCUAGCUAUUAUUGGUUGGUAUCAUGGUAAUGCACGUUUAGAAGAUGAUACUUUACCUGAAAGAUCUAUUAAAGUUGCAGAGACAAUUAAAAAAAAUAAUGAUGGGAAAGCAAUUAUUUUUCUGUUGGACAAUAAACGAUUUUUAAAAUUAGAUGAGGAUGAAACUGCGAUUAUGCCUUAUGUAAACACAACAGAUAAUCAAUGGAAAAAGAUAAAAGAACCUUUUAAAGCUACUAAGAGUGAAAUAGAGUUCAAUGAAAAUGAUACUUAUUCUAAAGUACGUGGUCUUUUCAAUUCUUCAGCUUAUAAUAGAAUUUAUGACUUUGACGAGCAUUUAGAAGAUGUUUCAUUAAAUUGGUUAGAUAUCAGUAAAAUGACUUUAUAG